AUGGCUGAUCAAACUCAGUUUCUCCGAACCAACUCGAUCGUAAAAGCUUCCUACUGGUUUCCGGAUGGCAAAUCCCAAUCACCCGAGUGUUUAAGCCAAGGAACCCCAUCCUCGUUUAUUGACUCAACUCUCUUCACUCACCUCUUCUGCGCUUUCGCUGACGUCGACUCUUCCACCCAUGAAGUCACUAUCUCUGCCGCGAACUCAUACCAAUUCUCCAGCUUUACCGAAACCGUUAAAGAGAAAAACACGGACGUGCAAACUCUCUUGUCGAUCGGUGGUAAAGAUGCAGACAAAGCUGUGUUAGCGUCCAUGGCAAGUAACAGCAAAAACCGGAAAGCGUUCAUUGAUUCCUCGAUCGAUAUCGCUAGGAAGAAGGAUUUCUACGGCCUCGACCUAGCUUGGGAGUAUCCGAGCAAUGACGUGGAGAUGACCAACUUUGGGAAACUCCUGGAAGAAUGGCGAGCGGCGGUUGUGGAAGAGUCUGACAAAACUAAUCAACUGCCUUUGCUCUUGACGGCUGCGGUUUACUACUCCCCGCAAUACGAUGGUGUGGAGUACCCGGUAAAAGCCAUUGCCGACAAUUUGGAUUUUGUUAACAUAAUGGCCUACGAUUUUUAUGGACCGGGUUGGUCGCCGGUGACGGGGCCACCCGCUGCCCUGUUUCAUGAUCCUUCUAACCCAGCAGGUCGAAGCGGCAACUCCGGGUUGAGGAAAUGGCUUGAUGAGGCUAAACUUCCGCCAAAGAAAGCAGUGUUAGGGUUCCCAUACUGUGGAUGGGCUUGGACUCUCGAAGACGCCGAGAAUAACGGCUAUGAUGCAGCCACCGAUGGAGCAGCGAUAUCACCCGACGGUUCUAUAACCUAUGCCAAGAUAAGGAACUAUAUUGUCGAUAACGGAGCAGCCACAUUCCAUGAUCCGGCGGUGAUCGGCUUCUAUUGCUACGUGGGCAACACGUGGAUUGGUUACGAUGAUAAUCAGAGUAUUGUGUACAAAGUGAAAUACGCUAAGUUUACUGGUCUGCUUGGUUACUUCUCGUGGCAUGUUGGAGCUGACUAUAAUUGCGGUCUCUCUCGUGCAGCAUCAAUAGCAUGGGAUACUACGGAGUAA